AUUUUUUUCAUCAAUUAUGUUUUGCUACUCUUUUCACUUCUCUUUAUCAUCCCUCUCUUCUCCUCUCCCCCAUUGCAACUAUUAUCAACAACCCCCUUAAAAGAUAUAUAAUUCUGUUGACAGAGGCAAAGGUAUUAAACACCUCUCGAUCCCGUGAUUCGAACACGAUCGCUUAAAAAAAUGAUUUUUGCUGUGUUCCUUGCACUAUUUCUUCCAUGUGUUGGCAUGAGUAUAGUAUUUGUUGUCUACAUGUGUUUUCUUUGUUAUGCCACAACAACAAGACAUCAUCAACAACAACACCCUAAUAAUAUUCAUCAAGAACCUACAAAGGGUGUUAAAGAAAAGGGACUUUCUUCAACACAAUUGGAUAAAUUGCCUAAAGUAAGUGGCCAAGAAUUGGUUAUGGGAAAUGAUUGUGCUGUUUGUUUAGAUGAAAUUGAGAAAGAACAAGUGGCAAGAUUAAUACCAGGUUGUAAUCAUGGGUUUCAUAUUGAAUGUGCUGAUACUUGGUUGGCUAAACAUCCUGUUUGUCCUGUCUGUAGAAGUAAACUUGAGACAGAAUUGUUUGAUCCUACUAAUGAAAACAAUCCUUGUUGAAACAAAAAAGGGUAUAGUGGUACUUUUCCAUCUAUUUUUUGUUUUCUUUUCUUACAAUUUUAUUGUAAGAUUUAACACCUAAUUAAGGUGGUGUGAGAUGAUAGAGAUUCAAUCAAGAUAGAACAUUUUUCUUUUGUUUCUUCUUUUCUUUUGAUGGUGUUCUAUCUGGACACCCACCACUUUUCACCGGUCAAAGAGACCCUCUUUAAUACAUUAAGAAACGAUGUUCACAGGGGCCAGAAAGAUUCGGUCAUAGGAAUUUAGAACACCUACGUGCUGGUAAACGAAAAUCACCUCGACCGGAUCAGAGUAAACAACACAAUGUCGAAUUAGGCCGCCCUUUGCCUUGAAAGAAUUCACAUGCUCGCAGUUUUCGUUUGAUACUAGAUGGAUAAAGCAAAUAUAAGUUUUUGUUUUCUUUGUGAUGGAGUUGAAAGAUGGGGUAAAUGUCAAGUAUCGACCUGGGAUCAUAGGACUAUUCUGGAUGUACAAUGCAAUUUUGAUUGUAAAUUUUAAUUCAAUCAGGUUAAAAUUAGUCCAAAAAUACCAUUAAUAUAAUGUGUUGUUAUUUGUUUCA